AAACAAUGAAAACAAAAGUGUCACAUUUGUCAAAGGAAUCAAACAAAAGACUAUUGAUUAUAUUGUUCUGUCCAAAUUAAAGUUACAAAAAACAGAACAAUAAUUCUGUAUAAAUAUAAAGAAAAGCUUUACCAUAUAAGUUAUAAUUGCACUUUCUUCAUCUCCUCUGCAGUUUAUGCCACCACCAAACGGCUGCUUCAGUACAAAUCAGGCCAAGAGAAAGAAGAGAUCUUUGGAUGGUCUUGAAGGAAGUAGACGAAAAUCUUGCUAUAUUCCUGGGAAAUACGUACAUCGACAAGUCUAAAAAUGAACAAGCUCUCAUUCAAGACUCUUAUGAGAUUUAUGGCUCAAAAGUGAAAAAUCGAGAAUCGGCCAAGGGCGAGUCUGGACUUUCCGGUCGUGAAAUCGUUCCUCCAAAAUCCAAGCGGGCGAAAGACCCAUCUGCGGGUCCAAAACGAAGGCCCUUACCCUCACCGGAUCAAAAACCGACACCAACCGAAAGACUGCCAACGAAAUCAAAGCCUCCCGGUGCCGCUGCCACCUCAGCACCUCCGAAGACCACAUCAUCAGCAACAACUUCUUUUUCCAUCAAACCUCAAACAAGAAGAUCCUCGAUUCAAAUUACGAAAAUGCCCCUGAUGCGAAAGAAGUCGUGUGGGGCCCCCGACGGUGAUGAUGAUGUCAGCCCAGUGGUCAUGGGCACGAAAAUGGUGGAGAGGUUGGUGAACAUGAGGAAAUUGGCUCCUCCCUUGAGAGGAGGAGAAAGCUUCGGUUCUCUCGAUAACCACCGAGCCAAGAAAAAAUCGGGUUUCGGGAGGUUGCUCUCGAUUAGGUCACUCGACAUGGCAAUACGCCACAUGGAUAUCAGACGAAGCAUUACAACAUCCGAUGUUUUACGAGCAGUAAAACUGUAAAAACUUAUGGUUUUUCGGUUUCUUGAUAUAGUUCCAGUCGAUGAACAAAGUUAACUCCUUGUAGGAAAAAAUGUUGAGAAUGAUGAGAAGGUUUUUUUUACUAUACAGAAUAUAUAUCUGGUACAAAAUUCAGAGAGACCAGAGAUAAAAGAACCUCAUAUAUAAAUGUCACUCUAUCUAAGUACUAAUUAGUGUAAGAACUGAAAGAGGAGUUUACAUAUAUGUAGCUUUUUACAGAGAGAUCAAUUUUACACCUUGGUGUUUUUUUUCUCAUUUUUGUGAAAAGCCAUUUGAAAAGAAGUGGUUUUUUCAGCUUCAAGGGGGAGCUUGGAGACACUAUUUAGUCUAUCAACUUUUAGUUUACAUUUUAUAUUAUCUCAUAGCAUGAAAAUGCAUUUAUGUAUUAUUAGCUUUUAAAAUGUGGAAGAGUUCAUUUAUGUUCUUCAAUUAGAGAUUAAAGUUGGGAGCAAUCAGGAGUUAGAGAUGCAAACGAGAUAAGCC